GUAUUACAAUCAUAUCGAUCGUAUAUAUCGAAUUGACGGUUGAGGUUAUGUUGUGUUAAUAUUAAAAUGUUCACUUUAUAACUAUAACAUAAUUUUAUUUUAAAAAAUAUUAUUAUUAUUAUUAUUAAUUUAAUCGUGCAGUGUAUUUAAGUAUAUUAUUGCUCAAUUAAAAUUAUAUUAUCAUUAAAACUUAAUAUAUAUUCUUGGAACAAUGUCUUCGUGGAAAAAAGCAGCGAAAGCUACGCAAAAGACUCAUCGUGAAAGACAUCAACCAGAAAAUCGUAAGCAUUUAGGUCUUUUGGAGAAAAAGAAAGAUUAUGUUGCUAGGGCUAAAGAUUAUCAAGAGAAACAAAAAACAUUGAAACUUUUGCGUAAACGUGCUCUUAAUAAAAAUCCAGAUGAAUUUUACUUUCACAUGAUCAAUUCUAAAAUACAUGGUGGGAUUCAUAAAGAGAAGCGAAAACAUAAAGAGUAUACACCAGAACAGAUACACUUGAUGGAAACACAAGAUAUUAGAUAUAUUGCUUAUAAGAGAAAUCUAGAAGCAAAGAAAAUAGAUAGACUACAAAGUGAAUUACACAUGAUAGAUGCUGCAAAUGAGACAAAGAACAAACAUAUCUUUUUUGUGGAUGGUUCAAAGGAAAUCAAAAACUUUGAUAUUGCUAAAAAACUGGAUACACAUCCAGCAUUAUUAUCUAGACGCACAAACAGACCAAAAUUAAGUAGAUUAAAAGAUAUGAAAUUACCAGAAAUAGAUGAGAAUAGUUUGAAAAGGAUUGAACGUAGUAAACACAAAGCUUAUCAGGAAUUACAAAAAAGAAUAAAUAGAGAAAAAGAGUUGACCAUUAUACAACAAAAAUUGGAAAUAGAAAGAGCACUGAAAGAUAAAAAAGUUAACAAACCAAAAUUAGUAAAAAAAGGAUCAAAAGAUUCCGCUCCUAUUUACAAAUGGACAUAUGAGAGGAAACGAUAACUAUUAUUCUAUUAAGAUAUGAUCUUAAUGCUCUUAAUAUGUCGGAAUUCAACGUAAUAUCAAUAUUCAAUCCAUUUCUUUGAUAUAUAAAAUUAACGCAAACUGUAUAAAGUAAAAAAAGGAUUAGAGAAAUAGAUUAAAAGGAUAACUUGAAAAUAAUUGGAUUUAAAUGAACAAAGAAACGUAUCGAAAUAAUAUUUAAUAAAAUUUGAUUGAAUACUUACGAUUUUUUUCAACUUUGGUGUACAAAAUAAUAACAUUUUGACAACAGGAACAAGAAUAAGAUGUUUCACAGAUACAAUAUUUCUGAUAAGUUUGAACCGUUCUAUAAGGCAAGAAUCCGUUAGAUAUAAGAGAUCCUAUAAUAAAUCAACACGUUUAAAAAUUAUGUGAAAUUUAAUUUUUAUACUUAUAUGAAAGGAGAAACAAGAAAUAACUAACUUUCUUUCGCAGCACUGCCCGUCCAAUAAAAGAGUAAUCGCAACCAGAAUGAAAUCAGGACACCACAUACUCUAUAAUUCAUUUUUAGUCUUUUCUCAAUGGACUUUUUUUAUUUUAAUACAUUUAAUUCUAUAACAUAAAUAUGUUGCUUCUCUCAAAGUUAUACUGACCAAUAUAAACGAUUUGUGUUUUAUUAAACAAUGCUACCUGGGCACGGUGGUUGCUCCGCAGGAUGUAAUUAUUGAGAUAUAAUAGAAAAAAAUAGCUUUUGAA